CUUUAAGAUUCAAUUGUUUUUCAAUAACUAAUCAUAUUGAAAUAAUCCUUUGUUGCUUUGAGAAAUCCCAUUGAUAAUCUUCACUAUCAUCCUUAUCAUCGUUGCCUUUUAUACGACAUAGGGACCUGUACCUCUUCAAAGCAAAGAAAAGAACAACUUAAUUCUCGAAAUACAUACUACUACAUUACUACACCACACUACCAUCCAAUUCCCCAAUUCCCAAACUCCCCAAGAAGUUCAAGUUCCCAUCUUUCAAAAUGGCAAUCAUCUGGGGUCUAGAUCUCCGGGAUAUGCAAUGGGGAAAGUUCAAGGGAGCUUAUAUGUUCAACCACGUUUAUCAUCUUCGCAAAACCAAGAUGAUCGUAUAUCAAAUCGCCAUGAUUCUAUGUGUGUGUUCGGAAUCGGUUGGGACGGCGGCUCUAAGUGAUUACGUCGAUCAACGAGAUGGCAUUAAAUCGCGUUACGGAUAUCAUACAUCAGUCCGAGACAUUGUUGGAAUUUUCUCCUUCAACAUCUUUGUCGGUAUAGCCGUCGCAACCAUUUUUGGUUCCGGUUUCUUCUUCGAUCUCUUCUGGCCCCAGCGUCAUGAAUCCAUCGCAGUCAAGAAAGCAUGGAAGAUUUGUUCGGUCUUGAUGUGUUUUCUUACUUUCGCAGAUGCUAUUGCUCUUACCGUCAUCGUAGCCACCCAACGCGCAACGAUCGAUGGAUUGACAAACUCCGAAGCACAACAAUAUUUCGAUUUGAACGGUCCCCCAAAUCCUAUCUACCGCAAAAACGCAUAUUGUGUUGCUUCCGUCGUCCUCCUAUGGCUCGGUAUGCUAGGCACGAUUGCUAGUACAUAUAUCAUGUGGAAAUCCCUCGCGCAUGACAAGGUUCAUGGACCAUUUGCCAGCAACUUCGGUCCCAAAGAUGAACCAUGGCAAAUCCACACCAAAUCUGCUGCCAUUGAUACCAACAGUCCAUCGAUGGCCGAAUCGGGUAUUGGUGAGCAACCCAUCGCUGCCACCAAUGGUCCAGCAAUGACUCAACCAACCAAUGGUCAUCAAACCGUUCAUCACACAACUUAAGAUCCAUUGAUCUACAUACUCCAACAAAACUAAAUAUAUGAAAUUCAUAACCGAAAACCAAACGAGGAGAAACAGAAGCGGAGAAACAUUUAUACCCCACAGCACGAUAUUGAAUGAGAUCAAUAUUCUUUUUGGAAAGGAAUGAAAUGGCAGGAAAGGAAAGGAAAGGGAAAGGGAAGGGAAGAACGAUUGUGUUUUAUUACGUCACGCAUGCAGAAGGAAAUGAAUGAUACCAGGCAUGGAAUUGGAGUUGGGGGGUUUUCUUUGAAUAUUAAUCACUUUGGUUCAUGAACUAACUUACUUACCCACCUACAUAGGUCAAGGGAGGAUAGUUCAUGGUAAUGAAAAGCGUG